CCGUUAACUCAAAAUUCUCAAACCCAUCUUCCACACUCAUCCAUCUUCAUAUAUAUUAUGUCUUGGUUCUGGCUCUCUUGAUCUCUUUUGUUCUCAAAGUGUGUAACUGUGUAUUGCCUUUGAAUUUUCCUUCUUGUUCACUGCGACACCUUCGGUAUUUGGUAAUUCGUGAAGAAAUCUGCUGCUGAUACUUAAACUGCAGAAACUAUGGGAGAGGCUUUUCUUGUGGCAUUCCUUCAAGUGCUGGUCGACAAGUUGGCGCAGCGUGAGGUCUUCAAGUACUUUGGACUCAUAAAGGGCGUCGACCAAAAGCUGCCGAAAUGGAUUGACACUUUGUCUGAAAUUAGAGCGGUUCUGAAUGACGCAGAGGAGAGGCAACUAAUCACCGAGAGCAUGCAGCUGAAGCUUUGGCUGGAUGAUCUCAGGGACUUAGCUUAUGACGUGGAACACGUAUUGGACAAAUAUGAUACUAAAAUGCUCAAACGGAAGAUAAUGCGGGGCCAUCAUGCCAGCACCGCAAGAAGGGUCUGGAACUCAGUUCCUAAUGGUGUUUUCAUCUACAAAAUGAACUCAGAAAUACAGAAGAUUACUGAGCGUUUACAAGAGAUAUCUCACCGAAAGGACCAGCUUAGUUUGAAUAUCAUUACUGGGACGACGUCGUCUACUAAGGCACGUCAAAAUUUACCACCCAGUUCCAGUCAACCAGAUGGACCUGUGAUUGGAAGGGAGGAAGACAAAAGGCGGGUCGUGGAAUUUCUGUCAAAACAAGAGCGUGGUGCCGUCAAUUUCGAUGUAGUUGCCAUUGUUGGUAUGGCUGGAGUCGGAAAGACAACACUUGUUGCACAAGUGUUCAAUGAAAUUGAUGCAACCCAGCAAUUUAAACCGACUGCUUGGGUAUGCGUGUCUGAUGACUUCAACCUAGAAAGAGUGACAAAGCAAAUUCUCGAAUCAGUCACAUCCCGGCACUAUCCUACAGAAGACUUCAAUCAGGUUCAACAGUAUCUGCAUAAGGAAUUAGCUGGGAAGAAGUUUUUAAUUGUUUUGGAUGAUGUUUGGGGCACAUGUAGCUAUGGUCUAUGGAUGAAACUGCAGUCCCCCUUUCGCGAUGGAGCAGCAGGAAGCAAGAUAAUUGUGACAACGCGUGAUGCAGAAGUUUCAAAAAUGAUGGGAGCUGGCACUCUAGUUCAUAAUUUGGAGCCUAUGUCAAAUGACGUUUGUUUUCAAGUAUUUGAGCAGCAUGCAUUCAGGAAUGUUAACAGAGAUAUACCACCAAAUUUCGAGUCACUGAAGGAGAAAAUUAUUGCAAGAUGCAGGGGAUUGCCAUUGGCUGCUAGGACUCUUGGCGGCCUUUUACUUCGUAAAGAGAUGAAUGAAUGGGAGGAAAUAUUGAACAACAAAUUAUGGAGUCUAUCAAAUGAGCGUGACAUACUUCCGGUAUUAAGAUUAAGCUAUCACUAUCUUCCUUCACAUUUGAAAAGAUGCUUUGCCUAUUGUUCGAUACUUCCAAAUGACUAUGAAUUUAGUGAGCAGCAAUUGAUUCUUCUGUGGAUGGCAGAGGGUUUGAUUCAACCACAACCAGAACUGACUAUGAAUAAGCAAAUGGAAGAUUUAGGAACUGACUAUUUUCAGGAGCUCUUAUCGAGGUCAUUAUUUCAGAAAUCAAGCAAAAACAAUUCAAAAUAUGUAAUGCAUGACCUCGUUGUUGGUUUGGCACAGUGGGCAGCAGGAGAUAUUUGUUUUAGAUUGGAGGAUAAGCAGAAUAGCGAUCAUGUACAACUUGGAUGUUUUACGAAGGCCCGCCAUGCAUCCUACAUUUCUGGUAAGUAUGAUGUGGUUAAAAGAUUUGAGGCAUUUUCUGAAGUGAAACAUUUGCGAACCUUCCUACAACUUUCAGUUGAUUAUCCUUCGAAUUAUCUAAGUCGUAAGGUUACUUUUGAUUUAUUGCCAAAAUUGCAAUACUUGCGGGUGCUUUCUCUCAAUGGCUAUCAAGUAACUGAGCUGCCAAAUUCAAUUGGUAAAUUGAAGUAUCUACGAUAUCUUGAUCUUUCUAGAACACAUAUAAUGAGUUUGCCUGAAUCAACGACCACUCUUUACAACUUACAGACAUUGAUAUUGCAAGGUUGUUAUAAAUUGUUGGCACUACCUAUCAACUUGAAGAAUCUAGUGAAUCUGCGUCAUCUCAACAAUUCAGUUGUACAUUCACUGAAAGCAAUGCCUCCGCAACUAGGUCGGUUGACGAGUCUACAAUCUUUGCCUAAUUUUGUGGUGGGUAAAGGUAGUGAUGAAUCAGGGAUAAGAGAGCUAGGAUCCCUAUCCCAUCUCCGAGGGACAUUAUCGCUCUCGAGGUUGGAGAAUGUGAUCGAUGCUGAGGAUGCACGGAAGGCCGACUUAAAAUCCAAGGAGAGAGUGGAUGAAUUGGUGCUACAAUGGUCAUGGUCGAGUGCCACACAAGAAAAUCAAUUAGGCGUGCUUGACAGAUUGGAACCUCAAAGAAAGCUUGAAAAACUCAUCAUCAGGGGUUAUGCUGGAUUAGAAUUUUCAGCAUGGAUUGGAGAUCGUUUAUUCUCUACUAUGGUUGAAGUACGCUUAAACAAAUGUGAGAACUGUAAAAUCUUGCCACCACUUGGACAGUUGCCUUCACUCAAAAGGCUUUAUAUUACAGGAAUGACUGCAGUGGAAAGUGUUGGUCCUGAGUUUUAUGGAGAGAGUAGCUUGCCUUUUCCCGUACUAGAGGAUCUUAAGUUUGUAGAUAUGCACAACUGGAAGAAAUGGCUUCCUUUCGCACAAGAUCAGGUUUUCCCUUUCUUGAAGUCUCUUUCAAUCAAAAAUUGUCCUCAAUUGGAGGGUAAGGUGCCCGAGAACCUUGAUUCAUUAGCAACACUUAGAAUUGCUGAAUGCAAGGAAUUGGUGAUUUCAAUUUCCAACUAUAAACAAAUUGGUCGAUUAUGGAUAAAUGGCUGCAAAGCGAUGGUGAAGACAAGUGGGGUUGAGUUUGAGUUAUUAGAGUCCUGGCAACUUUCAAAUAUUUCAGAGGUGAGGUUCCAAACAGGGGAAUUCACCAAAGGAUUAAGGAAGGUUGCUAAUUUGACGAUUGGCGGAUGCGAGGAGCUGACAUCUUCACUGAAGAAUGAGGAUAGAGUAUUGCAACACUUGAUUUCUCUUGAUCGUUUGAUUAUUGAAGGCAACUCUUCCCUCCUUGAA